GAAUUUGUAUAAGACCACUCACUACAGAGUAGUUCCAGCCGUUCUUCUAUUAUCAAACAUUGGUGACCGAAACUCUGUGACCAUGAAACUGAGAUAUCAGGUUCUAUUCUACCUCUUUUCUUUCUCAAACUUUGCUAACUAUUCCAUUUAACUCAUACUCUGUAGAUGCACGUUGUUGGCGAGAGGAAUUUUAUGCAGCCAGCAAUCUAGCAUUGAUAAAUUCAAAGUAAAGAAUCAAAAAAAUAUACUCUCGAUAUGACGUCAUCGCCACCUGAAGCAACAACAACACUUGCAAGUUGUUCUUACCGUCCAGCAUUUGCUCAGUAUCCAGAAGAUAACAGCCGUCUGUCCAGCUACCAUAUCCUCAAUUUCCCAACACCAAAACAUCCAAACACCAAACCUUUUCACAAAUCACGAGAUCGUCCAAAAAACAGUCCAAAUUUUAACAUCACAUAACCCGUCAUUUCUCUACACCAUCAGUUAGCGCUUUCAAAGCGCAUUACAGCAAACCUACUCUCCCAACUCAAAUCAAACAAAAAGUGUGUUUUCUCAGCUUUUGACCGUCGACCAAUGAGAAUCCGAGCGCAUUUUUUCCGAUGUGCAACAAUACGUUUUGAUCUACAAAAUCACGUGAGCAUACUCACUACCCUGAUGCUUGUUGCUCGAUAUUAAAUCUCUUUGUAUGUCCUGCGGAUAGAAAAUUAAUAGAUUAGACCGAUCUUA